AUGGCGGCAUCAACUCACCCCAAAAACCUAGACCCCAAAAACUUCGGUCUUCUCAUUUACCCUGGCUUCGAAGCCCUGGAUGCCUUUGGCCCUAUAGAAGUGAUCAACAACCUAUCACUGACACACAAAGACAUAAGCCUCUCCGUAAUCGCCGCCACUCUCGAUCCGGUCUCGACUCUGCACAAGGGCAUGCACUCCGUCGGACAGAGUGUUGUGCCUACUCAUUCUUUCAAUGAUGCGCCUGCUCUCGACGUCCUUAUCAUCCCCGGUGGAUGGGGAGGGUUCGAUACCGCUCCCGAAUUGCGACAGUGGGUGCGCGACACCGUGCCCCAACUCGAUACUUUGAUUACAGUGUGCAAUGGGUCUGCACUCGCAGCACAGACAGGUGUCCUCGAUGGUAGAUCUGCUACUACGAACAAGAUGUUGUGGAAAGAAUGUGUUGCUCAUGGACCAAAAGUGAAUUGGGUGGCAAAGGCGCGCUGGGUUCGGGAUGGGAAUAUUUGGACGUCGUCCGGUGUUACGGCGGGKAUUGAUGUUACGCUCGCCUGGGUCGCGAACGAGUAUGGUGAUGAAUUAUCGGUUGAGCUUGCAAAUAUUAUGGAGUUCACGAGGGCUGAGUCGUCUUUGCAUGACCCUUUUUCGGACGUUUACAAGUGCGAGGAUGUCCCUGCACAGGUUAAGAUAGAUUAG